UUUUGCAGUUAAAAUAAAGAAAAGAUCACUGCUUGAGGCCCGGUGGUUUACUGGUCUCGCAUUACAGCACUGAUCAUCAGUGUCGGUAUUAAUCUCUUAAGUUAAACUUAAUAACAAGUAAAGCCAUUUGAAAGUUUUUGCAUAGCGAUGGGACCCAUUGAUUCCGCCACUCUCGAAGCUCUCAGGAAACAGUUUGAAGGAACUCCGAAAUAUCAGUUGGCUCAGAAUGUGUGCGCCCAGUACGAUCCAGGACUUGCAACGGUCAGAAGAACUGAGGUUGAAACAGUGCAUGCAGUGUUCUCCCAUAAAGUUGAUCCCGAAGGGAAGCCGGUCACUAAUCAACGUCGAUCUGGUCGUUGCUGGAUUUUUGCGCUACUGAAUGUUGUUCGCAUCCCAAUGAUGAAGCACUUUGAUCUAGACGAACUUGAAUUGUCCCAGUCCCAUAUUUUCUUUUAUCAUAAACUAGAACGAUCAAAUUACGUUCUUCACAAAGUAGUUGAAGCUUAUAAAAAGGGAGAAAAGGCAGACGGUCGCCUCCUGUCUUUCUUGCACGCUGAUCCUGUCUCAGACGGCGGGCAAUGGGACAUGUUGGCGGAUAUAGUUCAGAAGUAUGGCAUGAUGCCGAAGUCAGCGUAUUGUGAAACGUUCUGUGGAGAAGCGUCCGCGCCUGUGAACUGGUUAAUAGAAACGAAGCUGCGGCAAUUUUCGAAGGACCUAAAAGUGAUUCUUGAUAAAGGUGGAAGUGAUGCUGAAGCCCAUGCCAAGAUACGAGAACAAAUGAAAAUUAUCUACCGGAUUCUUGCCAUUUGUCUCGCGGUUCCUCCGGCGCGUUUUGAUUGGGAGUACGUCGACAAAAAGAAGCAAUACGUAAAGAUCUCAAAUGUUACACCUUUGGAAUUUUAUGAGAAAUACGUGAAACCAGUAUUCAAUAUGGAAGACAAAAUGUGUAUCGUUAAUGAUCCAAGACCCACCAGUGGUUUUGGUCGCCCACUGUUCGUGGAGAACCUUGGAAAUGUCAUCGGCGGACGAGAUACAGUGUACAACAAUCAAGGUAUUGAAGUUCUCAUGCGUGCAGUGCGCGAUUCAAUCAAAGCAAAUGAGCCAGUGUGGUUUGGUUGUGAUGUCGGCGUUGCACAACUUUUCGAUGUGGAAGUGUUCUAUAAUUGCAGUCGGGAUUAUCGGCUGAUGUUUGACGAGGACUUCAUUUUGAAUCUGUCGAAGGCGGACAAGUUAACUUUCGGGCAAUCGUUGAUGACCCACGCGAUGGUGUUCACUGGGGUAACUUGUCCUACGGAGGACUCACUUCCCAUCAGGUUUCGCGUCGAAAAUUCUUGGGGUGAGGACGAUGGUGAGAAAGGCUAUCUCGUAAUGACUGACGCCUGGUUCAAGGAAUUCGUCUACGAAGUAGUAGUGGACAAGAAGUUCUUGUCUCCAGAAGUUAUAUCCGCCCUUCAGAAACAAAGAGUUGUUCUUCCCCCGUGGGAUCCAAUGGGAGCUCUCGCAUCACUGGAUCAUAGUCGCGAGAUGAAUUCGGGGCAACAACUGGUUGCCAAUGGCACGAGGGUUGGCGAAAUUUUCGUCGCAGCUGGAGCUGCGUUCCAGAAAAUUGGAGAGCUUGCGGUUCUUCUUCACAACAGCACGAAAGCCUCGAAAUCGAUGAUCUCUGCAAGAACUCAAGAGAAGAUUCACCAGUCAGUGAAGAGGAUGGCCCUCGACCUGGAAGGUGUAACGAGCGAAAUAAAGCGGAAAACAUUAGAGCGAGUGAAGACCGAUUUGAAAACACAAAUGAUGGAAGAACGAGGGAUAGUACCAUCCAGAGACCGACCAACACCUGCCAAGCAGCGAAAAUUGCAGAAGCCGAUUGUUCCUGUGGCCUCUGUUUCAUCUCCGUCCGUACGACCGAUUUACCAGCAAACCUCUGAUCCCCGCUACGCCAAUGGACCGAACCUCUCGCAGUUGACGGAGGCUGAUAAAAUCCUGGCCCAGGCCAAUGCUGAAAGAAAUGCCUUGGCUACUGGCCUUCCUCUGCCAGACGAAACUUUGAUGGAUGACGGGACUAUGGUUGAAGAAGAAAUCAUCACUACGGAAACGGAAGAUAGCAUUGGCAGCGAUGGCCCCGUCAGAGGAAUCGGAGUGGCAGGAAGUGGAGAGUCUUCCUCAGGGGAAGACGAUCACGUGGAUCCAAUGAAAAUGCAGAGAAGGACGAAAAAACGUCAAAUGGAGCGAAGCGAUGCGUUCAUGGCUGCUGGCUUGGAAGACGACGUUGGGUUGGUGGACGAGCAGCACCUGGACAUUGGUCUUGAAGAAUCAAUUGAAGAAGCUCAAACUGAAGAAGAAGUUGUUCACGACGGUUUCGAGUUACAGUUUGCUGUUGCGGAAGAGGAAGUCGUUGGCGAAAUUUUCGUCGCAGCUGGAGCUGCGUUCCAGAAAAUUGGAGAGCUUGCGGUUCUUCUUCACAACAGCACGAAAGCCUCGAAAUCGAUGAUCUCUGCAAGAACUCAAGAGAAGAUUCACCAGUCAGUGAAGAGGAUGGCCCUCGACCUGGAAGGUGUAACGAGCGAAAUAAAGCGGAAAACAUUAGAGCGAGUGAAGACCGAUUUGAAAACACAAAUGAUGGAAGAACGAGGGAUAGUACCAUCCAGAGACCGACCAACACCUGCCAAGCAGCGAAAAUUGCAGAAGCCGAUUGUUCCUGUGGCCUCUGUUUCAUCUCCGUCCGUACGACCAAUUUACCAGCAAACCUCUGAUCCUCGCUACGCCAAUGGACCGAACCUCUCGCAGUUGACGGAGGCUGAUAAAAUCCUGGCCCAGGCCAAUGCUGAAAGAAAUGCAUUGGCUACUGGCCUUCCUCUGCCAGACGAAACUUUGAUGGAUGACGGGACUAUGGUUGAAGAAGAAAUCAUCACUACGGAAACGGAAGACAGCAUUGGCAGCGAUGGCCCCGUCAGAGGAAUCGGAGUGGCAGGAAGUGGAGAGUCAUCUUCAGGGGAAGACGAUCACGUGGAUCCAAUGAAAAUGCAGAGAAGGACGAAAAAACGUCAAAUGGAGCGAAGCGAUGCUAAGUACCGACGACCGAACCUUCUGCUGCAACCCAACCACCUGCUCGUCGUGGACCUGUAA